AUGUCUCGAGUAUCCGAAUUAUCGCACAAUUACAACCAGAUCAAGACCUCUGUGUCUGCUCUGUCCCCCACCACCAGACUGGUGUGUGUGUCCAAAUACAAGCCUGCCAGUGACAUUCAGGCAGUUUAUGAUCUUGGACAGCGACAUUUCGGCGAGAACUACGUCCAGGAGCUCAUGGAGAAGGUGGCCAACCUUCCCCAGGAGAUUCAGUGGCACUUUAUCGGCUCUUUGCAAUCCAAUAAAUGUGCCCAGCUGGCUAAGAACAUCCCCAACCUGUGGGUCGAAACCGUGGACGGAGAAAAGAAGGCCAAGAAGCUCAACGACGCCCGCGAACAGAGCGAGUACAAAGACAAGGCUCCCGUACACGUGUUUGUGCAGGUUAACACCUCUGGCGAGUCGCAAAAGUCCGGUCUGGACCCUGAGGAUGUCUCCAAGGUAGUAGAUUACAUUAUUAAGGAGUGUCCUCAGCUGAAGCUGGCCGGUCUCAUGACCAUCGGCUCAAUUGAGCAGUCCAAGGCCUCGGAGGAGAACAAGGACUUUGCCACGCUGGUACAGAUCAGAGACUCUAUUGAGCAGGCUUUUGAUAUCACAGGUCUGGAGCUGUCCAUGGGCAUGUCUUCUGACUUUGAGGAAGCCAUCAAGCAGGGAUCCACCAAUGUGAGAAUUGGAUCGACCAUUUUCGGAGGACGAAUGACCAAGGAGGAAGCCAAGACUGCAUGA